AUGGAGGCGCCAUAUUCAUUUUGCAAUUCCAUCAAAGUUAUUAAUGAUAUUGAAUCAACAUCACAACAGAAUAGCUUGCAAAACUAAAAUAAACCAAAAUAGCCAAGUUAAGACUACUUGAAAUCUUAAUCGUUUCUUAGAUGGCACAAACAAUCGUCUUAGUCAGAGGACAUUGAGACCUACCUCUCUAGGAAAUAUAUGCAGUUCAGGAAGUUUAAGUUCAACAUAUUUAUCCUUUAAAGAUCCGCUCUUAAGAUUCAGCACUGGUUCUUCAAAAUAAAAUAUAACCUUGAUUAAAAAUAGCUACUUAUCAAGCAAUAACAAGAAUAGCUUGAAAAUGAAAGAUAAAUUCUUAGACAAGUCAAAACUCAGAGCCAAGGAAGCCAAGGCUAAAGACUUCAGUAAGAAGCAUUGAUUCAAAAGUCAUUAAUUCUAAAGUAAAGCCGUAAAUUAAAUGGCUCUAAGGAGCAGCCCUUGUUUCUUUGUCUUAACUCUCAGCCCUCAAGGACCUUAUACAGUAAUGAAAUACUAAAGAGUGUAAGAAAGAGUACUAAUGUUCUACAAAAGUCUAUAGAGAAGCUUUACGAAAGAAAAGGCUCACCCAGAGAUAAUAAUGAAAAUUCAACUCUUGAAAGAUCUUUUGAUAGAUAUUCAAAAAAUUAAGGAAUUAAUAAAAAGAAAGCAAAGCAAAACCAAAUAGUCCAGAUAGAUUUAAAUCCUCAGCAAAAUGAUGAUACUAUUUCUCAAAUCUCAUAGAAUAAGGUCUUUAUGACUAAAUAACCUAGUUUACAAAUGGUUUAGAAAGAUAGUGAAAGAAAUUUGAUAGAAUAUUUGGAUUUAUCAAGUCCCUCCCCUAUAAAAGUAGAGUAUUAGCAUUUCGAUAAGGUGUCUCCUUUGAUUAAGCUGUAGAAUUGUGUCGAUGAAACUUCAUUAAACGAUAGUCUUGUGAAUAUCAAGGACUCUAAUUUCAAUUCAGAGGAUGAAAAGUAGAAUUAAGAAGUCAAAACAUAAGUACCAGAAGCACUACCUCGAUUAAGUGAAUCAACGGAAAUGUUCUCCCCAGAUUCUAAGAUUAUCAUAAGGUCAAAUGACAUAAUAAAGUCUCAUGCUAAUUUAUCAAAAUAAUUACAAAAGCAAAGAGGAAAUGACAGCUCUAUGCAUAGAUCAGUAUCUAAUCCCAGAGAUCUCCUUAAAAGAAAGACAACCAUAAAUGAAACCUUGAAAAACCCUCCUUAAUUCAAAAUUCUUAAAAUUAACUUGCCAUAAAAACAUAACUUCUAGAACAGGUAAGCUACUUCAAACUUGAGAGCUAGUAUAAAUUCUUUAGAUGGGUUCUCCUAAACGAUAAAUCCUAGAAACAAGCAAGCAGAGAGAAAAUCAUCUCUCAGUAGCAGUUUUAUCCUAAAUCAAUCGUCAUUCAUUCAAAAAUAAAAUGAGUCCGUCCUCCAAGAUCAAAAUCCUUCAGGUGUGGAUUCAAGUCGUAAGAAUAACUAUUUGAAGAGCAUUUAACACAAAUAUCUAUCAAAGAGUAAGUAAAAGUAAAUAAUGAAUAGAUCCCUAGAUUUCUCAUUCAUUAGUCUAAGUUAAACAAUCAAUAAUAAUCACUCAACCAGUAAAGAAGCCAGAGCUAAUAGAGAUUAGAACAACAAUAGUGGUAGUUUAAGCCGAUCAUAGAAUGAUAAUUCUCCCUAUAAUAAUUCAAUGCAUAAAAAGUCAGUUGAGAGGCUAGAAAGCGUAAGUUAACUUAAUAAAAAAUUUGAAGAUGAAUAUAUUGAAAGACUAGGAAACAUGAGAAAAAUAAACGAGAAAUUCAUUUCAGAUCAGGUUUUGUAAUAAUGA